AUGCUAGCCAUGGAUGUAGCACUUUCUCCCAUGAGAACACAAGAACUGGAUCCCAUGCUGUCUGAUGCAUCUCCCAUGCUCAUAAACAUGACUCCUACAGUGGAACGAGAUGGGGAAGAGGAUGUCAUGAAGGAGCUUGAUUCUGGGCAGCAGUAUGAAAAGCCUCCUCCUCUACACACUGGGGCUGAUUGGAAGAUUGUUCUCCACUUGCCAGAAAUUGAGACCUGGCUUCGGACGACAUCUGAAAGAGUCAGAGAUCUGACCUACUCGGUCCAGCAGGACUCGGAUAGCAAGCAUGUGGAUGUGCAUCUGGUACAGCUGAAGGAUAUUUGUGAAGAUAUAUCUGAUCACGUUGAACAAAUUCAUGCUCUGCUAGAGACUGAGUUUUCCCUGAAGCUUCUGUCUUACUCUGUCAAUGUGAUAGUUGAUAUCCACACAGUACAACUGCUCUGGCAUCAGCUACGUGUUUCUGUUCUGGUUCUGAGGGAGCGUAUUCUCCAGGGACUACAAGACGCCAAUGGAAACUACACCAGGCAGACUGAUAUUCUGCAAGCAUUUUCUGAAGAGACUAAGGAGGACCGUCUUGACUCUUUAACUGAAGUUGAUGAUUCUGGACAGUUAACCAUCAAAUGUUCUCAAAAUUACUUGUCACUGGAUUGUGGUAUUACUGCAUUUGAACUAUCUGACUACAGUCCUAGUGAGGAUUUGCUUGGUGCUCUGGAUGAUAUGACCUCCAGCCAAGGGAAAGCAAAAUCAUUUGAAUCCUGGAACUACAGUGAGAUGGAUAAGGACUUUCCAGGACUUAUCAGAAGUGUGGGUUUACUUGCAGUAGCAACUGAUUCCAUUGCUUCCCAGUGUAAUGAAGCAUUAAAUGAGAAAGAAACCAAUGUACCUCUUUCAGCAGAAGAUGGAGAAGAAAGCAAGGAUGGGAAAGCACCACAUGACCUCUCACUAGUGUCUCCUUCUGCAAAUUCCUCUCUUUCUAAAGGAACUUGCUCUGAAGAUGGUGUUUUACCUACUGACAGCAAACCAGUUUCCACGUUAAAGAAACCAGAAUGCAGUCUUCCACAGCACACCAGUGAAAAAAUCAAACAUUCUCACUAUGAAAACUCAACUCCUAAGAGGUCCAUAAGAGACUGCUUUAACUAUAAUGAAGACUCCCCGACACAGCCUACAUUGCCAAAAAGAGGUCUAUUUCUGAAAGAUGACGUGUUUAAAGAUUAUAUGGAACCCAAUGACUUACAAUGGCAAAUCUCUCAAAUAGUUAAAAAUGAAAUGAGUAGAAGUACACCCUCAUUGUUAGAUCCACCAGAUAGGUCCAAGCUUUGCCUAGCUUUACAGUCACCCUACACCAAUAGUCCAUCUGCAGUUAGUCAGUCAUAUGAUUGCUUAAAUACAAUAGAUGAUAGAAAUCUUGAGUACACAAUAAAUAAUCACUUUAAGUACAGUCCCAUAAGUCUAGGGAAGUCUGCUUUCUACACCUGUAAAGAAAAAUCAAAGCACAAGAAGUCUCAUGAUGCUUCAGAGAAAGUGAAAUCUGGCAGAACACCUGGAGGUAUGUGUAAAAUGGCUCCACCAAUACAAGUGAAAAGAGGACGUUCUUCUCUACAAAACGGAAUUACUUCUCAUAACUCUCAUUCUCUGGAGGAGACGGAAACAGAUUCUUAUGCAUCAUCAGAUUCUUGUAACCAGAGAGACCCAAAUGGAAAAUCACAAGGUAAAACUGAGCUUUUUAGUUCACCAACACGUAGCCAAAAGAGUGCUUCCUCAGCUGAUUCUCAGCUUACCAACUCAUCACCUCUUCUGCUGAGAAGAAAGAAUAAUAAAAGCUUCUCCUCAGCACCCAGCUAUACUCAAAAAAACAGUAAAGAUGGUGAGGCCUGGUAUGGAUCUGAUGAAUAUUUAGCACUUCCUUCACAUCUCAGACAGACUGAAGUAUUAGCUUUAAAACUAGAAAAUUUGACAAAGUUGCUGCCCCAAAAGCCCAGAAGAGAAACCAUUCAAAAUGUUGAUGACUGGGAGCUUUCAGAAAUGAACUCAGAUUCAGAAAUGUAUCCAACAUACCAGACAAAAAAGCACAAAAAAAUGGGCAGAAUUUCACCAAGCUCUUCAAGUGACAUAGUGUCUUCCUUAGGUGACAGUAUUGAGUCUGGGCCUCUCAGUGAUAUUCUUUCUGAUGAAGAUCUUUCUAUGCCUGCAUCUUACAUUAAAAAAUUCACUGAAGAAAAGUCAGAAAGGACUGCUGUCACUCAGCCCACUGAGAAUGAGACUUCUGCCUCAAAUAAAUCAGCUUUAAUUCAUCAACUGAUGCAAGAUAUACAACAUCAAGAGAAUUAUGAAACCAUAUGGGAAAAAAUUGAGGGGUUUGUAAGCAAGCUGGAUGAAUUCAUUCACUGGUUAAAUGAAGCCAUGGAAACAACAGAGAAUUGGACUCCUCCUAAAGCGGAGACAGACAGCCUUAAACUGUACCUGGAGACACACUUGAGUUUUAAGUUGAAUGUAGAUAGCCACUGUGCUUUAAAAGAAGCGGUGGUAGAAGAAGGACGUCAACUUCUUGAGCUUAUUGUAUCUCACAAAUCAGGACUGAAGGACAUGCUGCAGAUGAUUGCAAGUCAAUGGACGGAACUACAGAGGCAAAUCAAACGGCAACACAGCUGGAUUCUUAGGGCUCUGGAUAUCAUCAAAGCAGAGAUACUGGCUAGUGAUGUGUCUGCAGAGAAUGAGGAAGAGACUGGGAGCCCUAAGGCUGAGGUUCAGCUAUGCUAUCUGGAAGCACAAAGAGAUGCUGUUGAACAGAUGUCCUUAAAACUGUACAGUGAGCAGUACAACAGUAGUAGCAAGCGAAAGGAAGAGUUUGCUGAUAUGUCAAAAGUUCACACAGUGGGAAGUAAUGGCCUUUUGGACUUUGAUUCAGAAUACCAGGAGCUCUGGGAUUGGCUGAUUGACAUGGAAUCCAUCGUGAUGGACAGCCAUGACCUGAUGAUGUCAGAGGAACAGCAGCAGCAUCUUUACAAGAGAUACAAUGUAGAAUUGUCAAUCAGGCACCCGAAAAAGAUGGAACUGCUUAGUAAGGUUGAAGCUCUGAAGAAAAGUGGUGUUUUACUACCGAAUGAUCUCCUUGAAAAAGUGGAUUCAAUUAAUGAAAAAUGGGAACUGCUUGGGAAAACCCUAGGAGAGAAGAUCCAAGACACAAUGGUAGGGCACAGUGGGUUAGGUCCACGUGACCUGCUCUCGCCUGAAAGCGGCAGCCUGGUAAGGCAGCUGGAGGUCAGGAUCAAAGAGCUGAAAGGGUGGCUGAGAGAUACAGAGCUUUUCAUCUUCAAUUCCUGUUUGAGACAAGAAAAUGAAGGAACAAUGAAUGCUGAGAAACAACUGCAAUAUUUUAAGUCUCUAUGCUGUGAGAUCAAACAGAGACGCCGUGGCGUAGCCUCUGUGCUGCGAUUAUGCCAGCACCUCCUGGAUGACCAGGAGACCUGCAACCUAAAUGCGGAUCACCAGUCCAUGCAGCUGAUAAUUGUAAACCUUGAGAGGAGGUGGGAAGCCAUCGUCAUGCAAGCUGUCCAGUGGCAAACAAGGCUACAGAAGAGACUGGAAGACUUGGAGCCUCUGAAUGUUAUUGAUCCCAGUUUGAUGGAUCUAAAUGGUCCAAGUGAAGAUGCACUAGAAUGGGAUGAAACCGACAUAAGUAAUAAGCUGAUCAGUAUUCACGAAGACUUAAGUGAUCCCGAUCAGGAACUCAAGAAGGAUGAUCUAAGCCAGAAGCCUGCUUCAGGAGAAUGUGGUGAUAAUGAUGUGAAUGAAGAUGAAAGUAUCAGUGAUCGUGGAAGUCCUACUUAUUGUCCCAGCAUUACUUCCCCUCCAAAUCCUCACAUCUAUCAGGUCUAUAGUCUUCAUAAUAUUGAAUUAUCAGAAAAAAAAAACAUGCCUUUUUUGAAAAAAGCAGCCAAACUCUCCAAUGUAACACAGUCUAAUAUUUUAAACAAAAGUCUUAGUAAAGACUCAUCAUUUUCAUCUACCAAAUCCCUGCCAGACCUAAUAGGGGGGACCACACUGGCAAAACCAUAUAACUACAUGUAUCAGAGUGGAAACAUAAGCAGGCAUUCUGAGAGUGAGAGUGGGAUAGUGAGUGAGUGUGAUACAGAAACUACAAAUAAUUCAGAAAUUUUUUUGCUAAAUGAUAUUGAAAGCACUCAGAGUAAUCCUGAAAUUGGGCAUGUGGAAACUCAAGUGGAUGAUAUAGUUGAUGUAAUAAAGCAAAAAAUAAAGCAAGAUGAAGAAGACCGUGCUAGUCUCUCAGAUGAUUUCCAGCUGGCACCUCCCGCGUGUUGUAGAAGUGAAAAUGAUGAGGAUUUGGACAGCAUUGCCAUGUGUAACCCUGUUUGUCUAGAAGAAUUGCAAGGAAAACAUGAUGUGUUUACAUUUUAUGAUUACUCAUAUCUUCAAGGCUCCAAAUUCAAAUUACCAGUGAUAAUGAAACAAUCACAAAUUGAAAAAACACAUACAGAGGACAGUUUCUUUCGUGGGUUUAGUUUUGAUAAAAUACCUGGUAAAUCUGAACAUAAGCCUGGACAGUCACAACCAGAUGGGUUUAUUCAUGACAAUACUCUGGCAAGUAUCCCUGGAGAAUCAGAUCCCAAUUCCUGUACAUCUGCAGAAACUGUAAGAAAACUAACUGUUACAGAGAAUACAAGACAGGUUUCAACUUUAUCUCAUAGUUCUUCAUUAGAAUCUUUGUCUGUCGUAGGUGAUUUGUUCAGCUCAGGUAUUUUUAAAAGUGGAGACGGUCUUCAGCGAAGCACCUCUUUGGAGAGCUGGCUGACUUCCUACAAAAGCAACGAAGAUCUUUUUAGUCAUCAUGGCUCAGGAGACAUAAGUGCAAGCAGUGAUUCUGUUGGAGAGCUCAGCAAAAGGACAUUAGAUCUUUUGAAUCGCUUAGAGAAUAUCCAGAGUCCUUUAGAUCAAAAGAUAAAGCGCAGCAUCUCUGAUAUAACACUCCAAAGUAGCUCUCAAAAAAUAUCUUUUACUGGUCAGCUGUCUCUAGAUAUUGCAUCCUCAAUCAAUGAAGACUCAGCAGCUUCUCUCACUGAACUCAGCAGCAGCGAGGAUCUUUCUCUCUGCUCUGAAGACAUUGUACUGCACAGAAAUAAAAUACCAGAUUCAAAUGCAUCAUUUAGAAAACAUCUUAAUAGGUCUGUCGCUGAUGAGAGUGAUGUCAAUGUCAGCAUGAUUGUUAAUGUCUCCUGCACUUCUGCUUGUACUGAUGAUGAAGAUGACAGUGAUUUGCUUUCAAGUUCCACCCUUACCUUAACUGAGGAAGAGCUAGGUAUCAAAGAUGAAGAUGAUGACUCCAGUAUAGCAACUGAUGAGGAUAUUUAUGAAGAAUGCAAUUUAAUUUCAGGACUUGAUUAUAUAAAAAAUGAACUCCAAACUUGGAUUAGACCAAAAUUUUCUUUGACAAGGGAGAAGAGAAAAAGUAACCUCAGUGAUGAAAUUCAGCAAAGUAAAGAAGUCAGUAAUGAGACAUCAAAAGCCACAGAUACAUUAAGCAUUGAAACACUAUUGAAUGGUUCAGUACAAAAAAUAUCAGAAAAUAAUGGCAAUAGUAAGAAUGUACCAUGUGAUCGUGAAAAAGGGAUAAAGAGUCACCUGAUGAGAGAUAUCUCUCAGGUUGUGAAGGAUCAGCUUGUGGAUGAUAUGGAGAAUGGAAAUGUUGAAAAUACUCUUGGCAGUCAAAAGGAAGGUCUUGUUAGAACAUCAGCAACUCCCAAAACACAUGCAUCUGUUGAUGUCAGAAAAGCUGAAAGUGAGUGUUGUGUCUGUGAAGCAUUUACAGACAGUUCAGAUGAUUCACAUAUGGAUGGCAAGGAGCCUGUUCUGUCAUCAGACGGAUCCAGAAACCCUCCAAAAGAAUGUCAAAGUCAUCUUCAGCCUGAUUGUCACUCUGUUGCUUCCUCUCCUGCUAAAAAGCCUUGUCUUGAAUCUUCCUCAGAAAUGAAUUGUGUAGACGUACAAGAUACAGCUUUACAAACAUCCUUACCUAAUGGUCAACAACAUAGAAUAAGCAUUAGUGAAAAAUCUAUUGAUUGCUGUGCAGCCUUGAAAUCCAAUGAAACAGAAUGUGACUCCUCAGCCAAUGGUCUUGAUUCAUGCUGCAACUGUGAAUCUGCUGGUUUUGAUAAAAGAAACAUGGAAGAUGAUUCAGUACACAAUUUUGUGAGGGAGAUAAUAGACAUGGCAUCAACAGCUUUGAAAAGUAAGUCACAACCUGAAUGUGAGUCAUCUGCUCCAGCUUCAUUAGCACAGAUCAAGGAAAAAGUGUUAGAACACUCUCACAGACCCAUUCAGCUAAGAAAAGGGGACUUCUAUUCUUAUCUUUCACUUUCUUCUCAUGAUAGUGACUGUGGAGAGGUAAUCAAAUACAUAGAGGAAAAGAGCAGCACUCCUGUGCCACUGGACUUGACAGAUGAGAGAGAUAAUAUUGAAUGCUUUUUUGAAGCCUGUCCUGAGGAAGAACGGGUUGAGCAGCAGCAAUCCAUUUCUAGUGGUACUGCUGAAGCACGAGUUGAGCAGCAGCAACUUAUUUCUAACACUAUUUCUGAAACAUAUCCGGAGUCACUAGGUAAAGUGACUCAGAAGUCGUUAGAAGAAGUUAAAGCUUCAACUGAAGAUGGGCAAACUGCAAGUUUGGAAAAGAAUUCUCCAGAGCUUAGCACUAAAAUGAGUAGUACAGGAAAAUCACCUGGAACUGAAGAGCCUAAAGGAUGUGUUGCUGCUUCUGAAGAGGCUUCAGCUACAGAGUUUCAGUUAAAGCCUGGCCAUUCACAGGAAAAGGAUGUUUUGCACCAGAACAGUAAAACUCUUACUUGUGAAGAAAAUCUCCUGAAUCUUCAUAAGGAAAGACAUAUAAAUAUGCACAGAUAGAAUGUAACCCUCUCCAGGCACGUACAUUAUCCUAAAAACAGAAACUUGGCUGCAAUUCAGGUGCAGGUUCAUCCUGUAAACCCUGGGAUGACCUCCAAAUCCAUUGUAUCACUGCCUUUCAUUACACUGACUCCCAAGAUAAAUUUUCUUUCCAAAUGUGAUUUGUCCAUGUUGGCUAUGUGAUCAGGCUGCAUAUGCUAGUCCUGUUUCGGUGAUCAUCUUGUAUUGUAGCAAGGCCAUUUGCUUUCAUAUGGAUUCCUCUCCCAAGCUACCUCUAAUGACCUCCCCUUCCUAAACUGGAUGCUCCUGUACUACUUUUCACUGGUUCUGUUCUUUAAAGUUUUGAAGUUCCACAGAAUUCAUGAUCAGUCUGGUCCAUCUUUUCAGAACUGUACCUGCCAGUACUCUUUUAUGUAUCAAAUUUAAUAUUUAUGUGUAUAAUGCAUAAGUUUAUUGAAUCUAUUUUACUUUUAAAGUGACAAUUUGGUUGGAUUGCAGCAAAAAGAAGUCAUUAGCCCUCCUGAUUCAAUACAUCUAAAAGUUAAGCAAUUAAAAUAAAU